UUAAGUAAUUUGAAGGAAUGCUGCCGAGUUGACAGUCCUUCGCCGGAUAAAUAUCCGGGUCUGGUCCGGUUACGUAGACCCUACUGUAGUGGGUUUGUCUUUACAUUCGAUUGCGAGAAGAAACGAAUUAAAAGAAAAAAUUAAUCAAGUUCAGUAAGUUAGAAUCAGCAAAUCACAUUCAACUUAAUAUACCUUACAAUAUCGAUGAGCGAAAAAUAGUUUGGCCCAAUGCCAUCUGCUUGAUGUAUUCUUUGACAUACUAGUAUGUUAAAAAUGAAGGCACACGAAUCAACUAAAAUUUAGCAUUGGCAGUGAAUAAGGUCAUGUGAUAUUUCCUACAUUGUUAUAUUGUUAAUUUUUUUUAAACGUUUCUCUCUUCAAAUGGUAUUUGGGUUUGUUCUCAUGCCUUUAAAAUAAAGAGAACUUUCAUAAAUCAGAUGUAUAUUAACGAUGUCGAACACCACACCUAAAAGUACACAAUACGCGUUCACGUCUAAUUACUUUGACGAUAUUUUAAUACAUAAUUGGCGGGAACUCCUCGCAAUAGGUAAUUUACUUGAAGUAAAUAAACGUCGUAGCUUAAUGUGGAUUUGGCCAACAGAAAGUGAAUUACUUAAUAUUGGAGCAUUAUUUGAGACAUUCAAUAUAAAGCAUAUACUUAGCAUAGGAUGUGGCAAUGGAUUAUUUGAGAGAAUAAUACAAGACUGUCUGGGUGUAGCUCUUAAUGGUAUUGAAGUCGAUCGAUCGUGGUGGGAAAGUAAAUAUGCAAUUAAAAGUUUUAUUAACAUUAAUUAUAUUGACGACUGUAAGAAAGGAGAAAAUCUAGAAAAGUAUCUUCAAAAGUGUUGUAACUUGGAAAAUUGGAAUUUCUCAUUGAUGUUUUGUUAUUUUAACAACCGCGCAGCAUUCCUUAAUUAUAUUGAAAUGUAUAAAGGGAAUAUACUUUUAAUUAUUGGACCGAAAACUGGGGUUAAUGUGUUCACUGAACCAUUGCCGCUUGAACCACGUUUACCUGAAGGACAUCGUUGGAAAUUAAAAGCUACCUUAAACAUUGGAAAACUUGAUGUAAUAGCUUUUUAUACAAAAGAUGUGUGAUGAUAAAUUAAUUUACUUUAAUAAAAUACAAUUUUAAUGAAGUAAA